AUGUCACAAUUAAUUACGUUAGCUACCUGUAAUUUAAAUCAAUGGGCCCUCGACUUUGAAGGUAACAGGGAUCGUAUUCUAGAGUCUAUUAGCAUUGCAAAGGAAAAAGGUGCCCGCCUAAGAGUUGGUCCUGAAUUAGAAAUAACAGGUUAUGGUUGCCUGGAUCACUUUUUAGAGAAUGAUGUUUGCCUACAUUCAUGGGAAAUGUAUGGUCAAAUUAUCAAGCGUCCUGAAACCCACGGUAUUAUUUUGGAUAUCGGUAUGCCAAUUAUGCAUAAUAAUGUCAGGUACAAUUGUAGAUUACUAUCCUUAGACGGUAAAAUCCUUUUCAUCAGACCCAAGAUUUGGCUUGCAAACGAUGGUAACUAUCGUGAAAUGCGUUUUUUCACGCCAUGGAUGAAACCUGGUACCGUUGAAGAGUUUACUCUACCAAUUGCUAUCCAAAAAAUCACUGGACAAAGAAAUGUAGAAUUUGGUGAUGCUGUUAUUAAAACAUUUGAUACUUGUAUAGGUGCUGAAACAUGUGAAGAAAUUUUCACCCCUCAGUCUCCUCACAUUGCGAUGUCACUCGACGGUGUUGAAAUCAUCACUAACUCCUCUGGUUCUCAUCAUGAACUACGUAAAUUAAACAAAAGAAUGGAUUUAAUUUUGAACGCUACAAGUCGUUGUGGUGGUGUUUAUCUAUAUUCUAAUCAACGUGGUUGUGAUGGUGAUAGAUUAUACUAUGAUGGUUGUGCUUUAAUUGCUGUGAAUGGUAAAGUUGUUGCUCAAGGUUCUCAAUUUUCUUUAAAGGAUGUUGAGGUUGUCACUGCAACAGUUGAUUUGGAAGAUGUCAGAAGUUACAGGGCCAGUGUUAUGUCUCGUGGUCUCCAAGCAUCUCUUCGUGAAAUUAAGUAUCCUAGAAUUGAUGUUCCUGUUGAAUUGGCUGAGGUAAGCGACAGAUUUAAUCCAAAUAUAACGCCAACCAAAAAGAGAGAUGUACAUUAUCACACACCAGAAGAAGAAAUUGCUUUAGGCCCUGCAUGCUGGCUAUGGGAUUACAUCAGACGUUGUAACGGUACAGGUUAUUUCCUGCCUUUAUCUGGUGGUAUUGAUUCUUGCGCCACUGCUAUGAUCGUCCACUCCAUGUGCAGAUUAGUUGUUAAGGAAAUUAGUGAAGGUAAUGAGCAAGUCCUAAAGGAUGCACGUAGGAUUACCCGUAACUCUGAUGACUGGGUGCCAAAGGAACCUCAAGAAAUGGCUAACACAAUAUUUCAUACCUGUUUUAUGGGAACUGAAAACUCUUCAGAUGAAACUAGAAAGAGAAGUAAAGAAUUAUCCAAAGUGAUAGGCUCUUAUCACGUUGAUUUCAAUAUGGACAAUGUUGUGACAAGCGUUGUUUCGUUGUUUGAAGUAGCUACUGGUAAGAAACCAAUCUUUAAGAUAUUUGGUGGAUCCCAAAUUGAGAAUCUUGCUCUACAAAACAUCCAAGCUCGUCUAAGAAUGGUUUUAGCUUACCUAUUUGCCCAACUUUUACCAUGGGUCCGUGGUAUUAAGAAUUCUGGUGGUUUAUUAGUUUUAGGAAGUGCCAACGUUGAUGAAUGUCUAAGAGGUUAUUUAACUAAAUAUGAUUGUUCUUCUGCAGAUAUUAAUCCAAUAGGGGGUAUAUCAAAAACUGAUUUGAAAAGGUUUAUUGCAUAUGCUACCAAAGAAUACAACAUGCCAAUUUUGGAUGAAUUCCUUCAUGCAACCCCUACUGCUGAAUUGGAACCUAUCACAGAAAAUUAUGUACAAUCAGAUGAGAUAGAUAUGGGUAUGACAUACGAGGAAUUAAGUAUAUUUGGUUAUUUGAGAAAAGUUGAAAAAUGUGGCCCAUAUUCUAUGUUUUUGAAACUUCUACACGAGUGGAGCCCAAAAUUGACACCUUCACAAGUUGCUGAGAAGGUAAAAAGAUUUUUCUUCUUUUACGCCAUUAAUAGACAUAAACAAACUGUCAUCACCCCAAGCUACCAUGCAGAAAAUUAUUCUCCAGAUGAUAACAGAUUUGAUUUACGUCCUUUCUUAAUUAACCCAAGAUUUGCAUGGGCAAGUAAGAAGAUUGAUGCGGUUGUUGCAGAAUGUGAAAACAAGACACAUAAUCUGGACGUUUUAUCGGUCGAUUAA